GUCGAGGACCGAUUGGAUGCAUAUCUCGGAACCUUUAUCGGUCCUAAGGACACGCCAUAUGAAGGCGGCAUCUUUCACGUCCGCUUCAGCCUCAAGGAGGGAUAUCCAUUUACACCCCCAGAAAUGUGGUUCUUGACCAAGAUCCUACAUCCCAACGUCGACACCCGAGGUACAAUCUGCAUGGACCUUGACUGGUCCCCAUCUCUCACUCUAGAAGUGCUGUUGGCCUCUGCAGCGUCACUUCUAGACACCCCAGACUGGUGGGAUCCUAUGCCAGAUGGUCUUGUGUCCACGCUGGGGAACGAUGCAGAAAAGUUUGAUGAGAUGGCCAGAAAGUGGACAAAAGACUUCGCAACG